AUGUACAUCGAUCCUCAAAAUCAUAAUAAGGAUACACAUUUAGAUAUUAUUGAUAAAGUUCCUCAUGGGAAUCACGAACAAUCCCCUAAACCAGUGGAUGAAAAUCGUAAUUCGAAAGAAAUUAAAGAAAACAGUAAUAAUCAAGAGGAAGAAGAACCUACGAUUACAAUGGAUGAAAUAGGUAGAGCCAUUGAGGAGUCCGAAAGACGACAAGGGAAUGAUACAGAGGAAGGACUUGAAAGAAAGAGACUAAAUGAUGAAAUGCGUAAAGAAUUAAUGACACAAAGUAGACCAACUUCAGGUAAAUACAGUUUAAAUGAUUUUCAAAUACUGCGAACUUUAGGAACAGGUUCAUUUGGACGUGUUCAUUUAAUUAGAUCAAAUCAUAAUGGAAGAUUUUAUGCAUUAAAAGUAUUAAAAAAACAUACAAUUGUAAAAUUAAAACAAAUUGAACAUACAAAUGAUGAAAGAUUAAUGCUUUCUGUUGUAAGCCAUCCAUUUAUUGUUCGAUUAUGGGGUACAUUUAAGGAUUCAAUUAAUAUAUUUAUGGUAAUGGAUUAUAUUGAAGGUGGUGAACUAUUUUCAUUAUUAAGAAAAUCUCAAAGAUUUCCAAAUCCUGUUGCAAAAUUUUAUGCAGCAGAAGUUUGUCUUGCUUUAGAAUAUCUUCAUAGUAAAGAUAUAAUUUAUAGAGAUUUAAAACCGGAAAAUAUUUUAUUAGAUAAAAAUGGUCACAUUAAAAUUACAGAUUUUGGUUUUGCAAAAUACGUACCAGAUAUAACAUAUACAUUAUGUGGUACCCCGGAUUAUAUUGCACCUGAAGUUGUAAGUACAAAACCUUAUAACAAAAGUGUAGAUUGGUGGAGUUUUGGUAUAUUAAUUUAUGAAAUGUUAGCAGGAUAUACACCAUUCUAUGAUUCAAAUGCAAUGAAAACUUAUGAAAAUAUUUUAAAUGCAAAAUUAAAAUUUCCAUCAUUUUUUAAUGAAGAUGCUCAAGAUUUAAUAAGUAAAUUAGUUACAAGAGAUUUAAGUGAGAGAUUAGGUAAUUUACAAAAAGGUAGUGAAGAUGUUAAAAAUCAUCCAUGGUUUAAUGAAGUUGUUUGGGAAAAAUUAAUAACAAGAAAUAUUGAAACACCAUAUGAACCUCCAAUUCAACAAGGUCAAGGUGAUACAUCUCAAUUUGAUAGAUAUCCUGAAGAAGAAUCUGAUUAUGGUACUACAGGCGAGGAUCCAUAUGCAGAACUCUUUAGUGAUUUCUAG